UAGGAGUGGGUAGGCCUAGAUUAUGUAAUGCUAAAGAAGACACCAUAUAAAUAUGUUUUAAGGUAUUGUAUCAUGUAGGCUAUUGUGUUCCUACAUUUCUUGUUUUGUUUAACAUUUUUUUCCACAACAUAAGAAAAUGACAAAGAAACCAACUUUAGAGUGCACAGGCUUUUUGACCUCUGGGCCUUUCUUAGUUUUUUCUUCAAAUAAAAGCCAAGGCAUCAAAAAUCACAGUUAUGAAUUACUUGUGAGACAUGUUUAUAUAUAUUGGCACGCCUGUCCUGUUUAAAGGUUAGGUGGAAACGUUUGUUUAUGUUCAUUUGUCUUCAUCUUGCUUGUCAACAAACACUGUUCCGCGGACUUCCUCAUCCCUAACGCCAGGCAGAGCCGUGUUAUGGCUGCAGGCCGAUUUUGCUGCAUGGAUAUUGAAACCACGGUGCGUCGACCACGAGGUGAUGCUGCUGCUGCAGGCUGUCCUUGAUAGCAGGCUGUCCGCGGUGACUUCUUGCCAAGGAGGAUCCGUCAAAUAACAACGAAUGGUUUUCUUUUUUAUGUUUGCAGACAGACAGCAAUUGUUAAAUGUUCAACAAACACACUGUCUAUAAACACUAAAAAGUAAGCGCAUGUCUACGAACGACCAAGACAUUACAGAAUGAUUCCAUCAACCAAGCCUUUUAAAAUAAUAUAAUUCAAAUAAUAAUACAUUCCUUGCAACAUAGCUGUAGCCUGGUUGAGAGCAAACGCUGCUUAUUCUAGUGUUAAGAAAUAGUAUGUAUGUGAAGUGUCAAUGGACAAACUCCUCCUCUCUACUGACGCGCAGCUACACGACAGCGCUUCUCAUCUAAAAAAAUGUGAGUCAUGGAAGUUGCCAGAGCACCGCAGUAGCGCUUAGCACCCCCAUCCCGGCACAGCGCAUCCUCCGUACCCAAUGCGGUAGAAACCGGCCCAUGCACUCCUAGCACCGCACACGCCCAUUUAACUAGUUUUUGUCACCUCUGCAAGGCACUAGGAUUUACGGCACGCGUCUUAUAUUCCUGCUAAAACCAGUUGUAAGGAUACAACUAAAUUUAAAGGAAGCGAGGUAGACCCCAUCUUUCCACAUUUCAUUCACAUCAGCUCACCCCCCUUCUCUUCUAACAUCCACUGAAUCACCUCUUACAGUGCCUUAGCCAUCCUAUCAACAGUUAUUUUUUAUCUAUACCCUUCUAAGGGCUUUUAUAGAUCCCUAACCAACAUUUGCCUGACACCCACCAUAUCUCCUGCUCUACCCUAUCCUGCCCGGUAACAGCAUGGGUCUUGAAAGCCAGAAUGCCAACCGUCCCCCUGGAGACCUAAAAACCCAGCAGGUGGACACCUACCUGAGACUGGAGCCCAAGACACUGGGGGCCAUCCAAGUGCUCAUCGGUGUGUUGACGCUGUGCCUGAGCGCCACCCUGUUGCAGAUCAAAGAUCUGCACUUCGUCGUUGACAUCAUCAUCCUGCUGCUGAUUGCCCUGGAGAUUGUUCUUUCUGGGUCCUUCCUGAUAGUCACCGGGCUUCGGCCUACUCUUCUCUGGUUGAAAGCUAUGUUGGUGGUGCAUCUGGUGAGUCUGGCCUUCACUACGGCAGCACUGGGCCUACUGUCCAAGAACCUGCCCUACCGGCAGACAUCUUACCACUGUGAGCACUGCCGUCGGCUGGAGAUCUUCACUGUGUUGCUUAUUGAUGGCAUCCUUGGCACACUGGUUCUGUUCCUGAUUGUGGAACUCGUGAUCUGCAUUGUGGUCAUAUUGUUUGGGCUCAGUGUCCUUGCUCAAGGAGGAAUUCAGCUUCCUGGAGUAAGCCAGCGAUUGACCACGCCGCCCGUACAGGUGCAGCCUGUGAUGGUCGCUCCAGCCCAGAUGUCACAUGUGACUGAGGUAGUAACUGAGCUUCAGCCAGAACGACAGCCCACUCCUGAACCAAAGCUGGUGCCAAAACCCAUGCACGCUGCAAUAAGACCGGAGCCUGUACACGUUCCGUCCCCACCUAUGGAGACCACAGAACCUCAAGUGGUGCCUAUAGAACCUCAGGUGGUCCCAAUAGAACCUCAGGUGGUGCCAAUAGAACCUCAGGUGGUGCCAAUGGAGCCACAGGUUGUAUCUAUGGAACCUCAGGUGGUGCCAAUGGAACCCCAGGUCGAGCCCUUGUAACUAACAGCUAAUGCGAGGCUUUGAACAAUCAGUCAUCAUUGUGGUGAUCUGAAGGAGAGGUGGAUUAUGGGAAGGGAUUCUUGGACAAAAUGUGGAAUCAGUGUCAGAGUGACAUCUAAAUCAAAAGAGCUGAAUCUGGUGGAGAUUACGCAGGAACACCUAACAUGGUGUCCUCUGUCAUGGAGUCCGCAUGUAAAACUUUUUUAGUUCAAAGCACCCAGUCACGCUUGUGUUGAUCAUUCAAAACAAUCACAUUGUGCCAAAUUAUUUUUUCAAUAUUUUCCAAUAUUUAUUGUAACCAAUGUAGCUAACUCCCUCUACUGUGUACUGUACUCUGUAAAAAGGUGCUAUCUAGUAUCUAUGGUUCUUUGGGUUCCCUCUGUGGGGUAGCCUUGAAUGGUUCUACCUGUAACCCACCUAUAACCCCCUAAUGAUUUGUUCUUGUUAGAACCCUCUCAGACACCAUUCAACUUUUGUUAUGCUUUUGCUCAGCUAGCCUUAUUGCAGUCAUCUCAAGCGUGUAUUUUUCUCAUAACCAAUCAUAGUUAUGCUGAUGAAAAAAAUCCUCUGAAAUGAAAAUCUAGUAUAUGGCAUUCAUGACAGGGGAUAUCAGGGUAGGUGUAUAAAGUGCUGCUGCUCCUAAACAAAGAUGACAUUCCUAUUCAGUGAAACGAAUGAAGUAAUAAAUGAAAUAUUUCAAAUGCUGCAUAGCAAGUCGGGGGAAUCAUGUGUCAAUAUGAAAUAUUAAUGUAUAGGACUCCAUGAUUUGCAAUUUUUUCUGUCAAAUUUAUAAUCAAACAAACUUCAUUCACUGAGAUCAUUUGUGCGUGAAGAGACAAUUCAUGGUAUUUUAAGUAUAGGCUAAACACACCCUCAACAUCACAUGUUCACACUGGGCAUUAAAUUAGAUGUAUUCAUGAUAUGUACUCGCUAAUCACCCCCCACACACCCUCACACCAUUUCAGCUGACAAUCUCAAAGGAUAUCAACAUGUCAAUAUGAUGUCAUCACUAAUUGUUAAGGUUAUAUUUUUGGAAAAUAUGUCAGCAAGAGAUGGAUUAGACAUAUUAAAAGUUUUUUUUUCUC